ACACGUUGGUGUCCGGAGGUUUGGAUUCAACUGUAAGAAUUUGGGAUCUUUGGACCGGACAUCAAACAAGGAGUUAUCCAGUUUUUUCUCCAGUUAUGUCUCUCGACCUGAUCAAUUUAAAUCUAGCUCUGUUCGGAGGAAAGGAAGGGGAAGUGUCUCUUUUAGAUUUGCAAAGCGGACAGAGCAGUAUUGUCAUCCCUUCUAUCAAAUACAGCAUGGACAGGUUUCGGAAAGCCUUGAAAUUUCACCAGGGCAGCGUGGAUUCACUAAAGUACAGUCAAGAUGAGAAAUUAGUUAUAACUGGUGGCGAGGAUAGACAAGUUAGAUUGUGGAAUAUUAUAAAAUCAGAGGAGAGCUUUCGACUAAGUGAAUUUCAAGAGAUUGAUACAAUAAGAGAGCAUUGUGAAUAUAUUAACAGUGUAUGUGUUCAUGAAAACACAAUUUUCUCCUCCUCAGGGGAUGUAAAUGUACUUAUACAUGAAUAUCCCUGGCGUGAAGGAUAUGGUCCUAAACCCUCUAAACAACCCCUUGUACAUCAACAAGAACAGGAUUCUGAAGUUAUGAAGGUUGAGUUUGAAAAAUUUCUUGCUCUGGUUGGAGAAUGUAAAGCAGUGGCAGAGAAAGAAACAGGUCGCUAUAACGCUUUUUAA